AUGAUUCCACUUAUUCCAGCACUUGUUCUCGCCUUCGUCUCUUUCCUCGCUUCAGCUUUCGUCGUUCUCAGAAUUAUCAUUCCAAUUCUGCCACCAAGCCCGCUAAGCAGACGUGUAUCUCCAGCCGAGUUUGGACUGCCUACUUUCCGUUCUCUGUCACCAGCAGAUAAAGGCCACCUAUGGCUCGCAGGAUUUGACCUCUUCGCAGUUUUCAUCUUCGUCUGGCACGUCACAGCAGAGGCCACGUCAGGACCUUCAGGAGCAGCUAUUGCGCAAGACCCACUCGCAACUGUUCGGUUGUGGUUCAUCAUGACAGCAAGACAGGGCUGCUUGCUUAUUAUUGCAGCUCUGACCCUCUUGCAUGUUAGAAUGGGUCGCUCCUUCUCAUUCGGCAAGAAGCAUUGGAUGCUCUGGGCACCAGUCGUUCUGCUGGCCGUCACCUCCACUGCCCUUGCCGGAGUCCUCUCAGGCGCAGGCGUCAACGGCCUUUUCCCAGGCCUCACCGCAUACACUGGAACAUUUGCGGUUCUCACGACCAUCUCAUUUGCAUGUCUUUUCAUUACGCUUUUCACGAUCAAGAAGAACCUCGCUGCUCUCAAUGAAGAUCAAGAUACCUGGCCCCCAGUCACUGAGGGUAAAUCAAGGCCCUCAUUCGCAACAGAAGACAUUGACGCCAUGCGAGAUGGCGCAUCAUGGAUCACUUCCACCGCCGGAUCACGACGCAAUUCUAUGUCCGCAUGGUCAUUCUCGACCCACCACACCGCCGUCGCUUCCACUCACGGUGGUCGCCCUUCGAGCCGCAACCAAGGAUCUGUCCCUGCCAAAUCCUCCUUCUGGUUCUCGUCGGUCAACAACGACGAUUUUAUUCCUCCCGUUCCCCCUCUUCCUUCCCAAUUCGGCCCUCCCUCCCCCAGCGCCGCCAGUCUCCAUGACUCUGACCCAUUCAGGCGCGAGCUUCCUCCGCUCCCCGAUUACCCCCGCGGUCGCUUGGGAUCCCAAAACUCUUGGUUGACUUCCACCGACGGCACCCGGACCACUCUUCCUGCAUGGGACUUCACUCCCACCCACAGCGUUUAUGAAGCAUCGAUCCAUGCGUCAAGCCAGCAAGACCUCCAAACCGCUGUGUCCCGUCCCCACACUCCGGCCCUUGCUACUGCAAAGGUUUUGGGCGGCUAUGGCUAUGCUCCUGACACGUCCACUGAGAAGGGCCUCGCCUCCCUCGCUGCUCCCGCCGGCACCGAAAUCCACUUGACCCUUCGCCCUGUAAUCGGUUGGUUCAUUUCCGUUUGGGUUCCUUUUGCUCUAGCUCUUCCUUACUUUAUCAUUCUUUCCCAACAGGCCACUGUCUCUCAGCCAGUCUACAUGUUUUACGUGCUCUCGGUCACGCUCUCAGCACCUCUUCUGGCUCUCAACCUCGUCUUUGGUUCCGGUCUUCCCAUCCCUGUCGGCCUCUUCGAUAUCCGUGAAUCUAGUGCCCCUUCCAAGCGCGUCAGCACCGCUCCAUCUGAGCUUCCCCAAUACAAGUGGUCCCACGAGUACAAGCGCAGCAUGAGCACUACGCCCACCGUUGUCGAAGGCCGCCGAAGCGGUGACGUUUGGAUCUCCAAGGGCGACGCCGUUGAAGGAAAAUCCAAGUUUGGCCGUGCUAUGACCAUGCUCACUCCCACUCCCAAGUUGUCAGUGCUCCCUCCCGAAGAGGACGACGAUAGUGACUACCCGUCUAAACGCACUCCACCUGUCCCAUUCCAUGAAGGCGAUUCCUCCAUGCCGGUCUGCAUCCACAACCGCUCUCAAUCCGAAACCAGCGCUCAAUUCGGCAGGCUCCGCACCGGCUCCAGCAAGAACGCUUCCACAUUUGGAUCAAAUGAAGAGUCCGAGUUUGCCAGCAGGAUUAUGGUUGCACAGCGCCACUUCUCUACGCUCGCUCAGACUGUUGUUUUACCCGCUGGAACCACGGAGAAUCCCACAGACGGUGACGCCGCCGAUCCCGCCAUCGGAAAUGCGACGGGGGUAGUUGUGAAGAAGCAUAACGGAGCAAGCCACCUUCGAACUCGGUCGACUUCUUCGAUUAGCGGACCCCAGACUCCCACUGGUAGCAGCUUCAAUGACAUCAGCCCACCUCCUCCGUUCCCCCUUCCCCCGACCCCGCCCAACGUCCGCGCUGCCCGAUUGGCCCAGCUUUCGCACAAGAAGUCGUUCUCGUCGAGUUACUCGUUCAAGGGUGUCUCGGAUGAUUUGAAUGAGAUUGAUGCUUUGACGGCUGGUGUUCUUCCUCUCCUCGUUCCUGGUCUCAAGGUUGGAAGCGAGAUGAAGAUCAAGGAUGAUGUUUCGCCCCCUGGUACCUGGAGCAAGCAUAAGGGCAGGAAGAUGAUGAAGGAGUUGAAGGAGUUUGGUCAUGACUUCUCAUCGCCCGAGGUUCAUUCCACUCCUGCUAGGAGGAAGCCUAGGACUAGGAAGGAGACGCACAAGAAGAACCACUUCAGUCUUCCGAGUCUUAGCCUUGGCAAAGAAGGUCUUCACUCAUUGGCUAACUGGAGCAACGAGAUCCGCGGUGCACUCGAGAGUCGCGUCGGGCAAUACGUCGCCGUUCCUUCCAACGUCGAGCUCGGAUACAGGAACACCGUGUUCGGUGGUGAUUCCAUUCCCAAUGCUAUUCCUCACCUCAAGGCUGUCCAGGAAGACCGCGAGACCUCGUUCUCCAACAGCAAUGGUGGUGCCAGCCUCGCCCGAAGCCAGUCCACUCGCUCGCUCGGUCUCCGCGCUGACGUCCCCCACGGUAUUGAAACUGCUCGCAACUCGAUGAUCACAAUUCCCGAAUCCAAUUAUCCUCCCUCUGCCGCCUCGACUGUUACCCUGUUCGAUGAGUUCGAGGCUGGAUUGGUUGGAAACCCCGACUCGCAUAGCACCCCGCACAAUUCGGUUGCCAACAAACCCAAGUUGUCGAAGGGUCCUGUUCCUCCUGUGCCUUCGUCCAAGGUCUCCAUCUCGUCCGCCUCGACCAAGGUUGCUUCCAAGACCAGCAAGCGCUCGAGCAUCGUCUACAUCAAGUCUGACGAGAACGCUGCUCCUUCAUCUUCCUCUUCCAAUACCUACCCCAUCUCCUCCAACAAUGUGAACGAGCAAGUCACCUCGACAAUUUCCUCCAUUACUUCCUGGUCCUCCCGAACUGUCCGCCCGUUGGUCCCCAAGGCUGGUAGCUUCAACAAGCGCAAGAACAACGAGAAUGCCAAGCCCUCUGGAUCCCCUCGCGAUUCCGGACUGCGCCAGCUCUCCUUGUUACAAGAGCGUGAUACCAACUCGCUCGGCUCCAACUCUCCCGACUCGACCACCUCUUCGUUGAAACAAUCUAGUGGCAAGAAGCAGAAACGCAUCUCGGCCGCUAGCUUCAUCAACGAUGAGAACAGCUGGAUUCCGGAUUCGUUGAAGGGUGAUGGAUCAUCCUUGGUGGGACCCAAGAAGAACUUGAAGCCUUUGAAGCUUGCGAGGUCUGAGACGAGCAAGCAGAGGGCUUUGCUGAGGAAGACCGAGGUGUUGCCUGAUGUGGUUGUUCGUCCUCCUUCAACUUCGGAGCAUACGCCUUUUGCGUACAGCUUCAGGCAGGAUUAG